UCCUGAGAGGAAUCAUCACCGAGAAGCUGAGCACAGCCGCCCGGGAGAUCUUAGCGGUGGUGGAGAGGACCGUAGCCGACUACGAGGAGGAGGGUUCGGGCUUCAGGCAGGAGAUCGACCGACAGAGGAGGCAGCUGGAGCUCCUGCAGCCUCAGGUCACACUCCACAGAGGAGACCUGCACAAACAUGAGGAGAUGGUUGUUGGAGAGGAACCAGAGGAGCAGCAACUCAUACAGACAGAU